GAUAGCUGCCGACUCCUUGGGACAUGGCCCCGGUGAGCCCCGGUUGUGCCCGCGGGGCUUGGACACAAGGGGAUCGUUACAGCGCGGCUGUGUCUGGUUUGUGCGGAGCCUGGGGUUACAUAAGCGAGCUUGGAGAGCAGAGACAGGAUCACGGUACGCAGAUUAUAGAGACCACGAUAAGCCCGCAGCUUGCCCUGUGCGCGCCUGAGACGGGUAACACCAGCACAGCGCGGGGCACCCGGCUGCUGCGGUGAGACGGGCGUUAACAGAACAAGGUGCCGUUUUAGAAGAAUAGCCUCUGACCAAGAUCAAAAAGUGUUGUCAGAAUAAUAUGCGAACAGAUCAUGAAGAACUCUGUGGCACCAGUUAUGGAGCUUUUUGUCUAAAUGGAGGGAUUUGUUAUAUGAUUCCUACUGUAUCCAGUCCAUUCUGCAGGUGUAUUGAGAAUUACACAGGAGCCCGCUGUGAGGAAGUUUUGCUGCCCAGCAUCAAGUCCCAAGCUAAAGGUGACCUGUUCUCAGCUUUCUUGGCUUCACUGCUUCUUCUAGGAGUUCUUGUAAUUGGAGCAUUCUACUUCCUUUGCAGGAAAGCUUCAAUUCCAAGGGCAAGUUCCUCACAGUAUGGUGCCAACCUGGUUGAAACAACAAGCAGUAAUGGCUGCAUCAAAAUAAUAACAGAGUAAAGCUUUAGAGUGGAAGAAUGCUGGAAAAGCAACAUGCAGAGCAACCAUAAGAACACAAUAGCUGUUGAGGAUAAUGCCACAAGGAAGAUGAGAGAAGAAAGUAGACUGAAAUAGGAAGCUUACUCACAUGUCAGA